UAGUACAUUUCCAAUAGCUGCUGUUUCACCCAGACAUUUCUAGCUCGUCUCGUUGUUAUUAUUUUAUGGAUUCCACAUACCGUACUUAAUGAACACCUCACUCAAUUCGGCGGCCGGCAAGCGCCAGCUGCGCUUCCGCGGAGACAUGACCAGCAGCCGCGUGGAGGAACUGCACCAUCAGCAGGAGGAGAUCAAGCAGAAGGCGCCGCUCGCCCAGGAUGACGUUGCAGCGGCGUCGACUGCGACGCCGGCAGCGGCAGCGGCGCAGCAGCGACUGCAGAGCGGAACCACAGAGACCUGCACCAACACAUUCUUCGACUUCUUCAAGGUGGAGAUGACACGCGGCUACAUGCUGGAGCACGACGAGGAGCGCUAUUCGGCGCGCCGGCAGAAGAUCUACAGCUUCAUGCGCAUACCACGAGAUCUGGAGCGGUUCAUGGUGUACGGCAUCAUGCAGUGUGCCGACUCCUUCCUGUACAUCCACACCUUUCUGCCUGUCCGAUUCCUGAUGGCCAUUUGGGCCCUGGUCUCCAGAACGGUGGCGCGCAUCUUUCGCCUUCGCAGCAGCGGACAAAGGCUGCUGUCGCCGGCGGAAAUCUGCGAUCUGCUCAAGGGCUUCAUCUGGAUGACGGUGACGCUGAUUAUGCUCUUGGUGGACACGAAUCGUGUGUACCACAUCAUCAAGUCGCAGUCAAUCAUCAAGCUGUAUAUAUUCUACAACAUGCUGGAGGUGGGCGACCGACUGUUGUCCGCUUUUGGUCAGGACACCAUAGAUGCUCUCUUCUGGACAGCCACCGAACCAAAGACAUCAAAGAGGGAGCAUUUUGGAGUACUCACGCACGUUCUUUUCACUCUAAUCUAUGUGUUUUUGCACAGCGGACUGAUUAUGUUCCAGGCCACCUGUUUGAAUGUGGCAGUGAACUCAAACAACAAGGGACUGCUGACCAUCAUGAUAUCGAACAACUUCGUGGAGCUCAAGGGGUCUGUGUUCAAAAAGUUCGACAAGAACAACCUGUUCCAGCUGACCUGCAGCGACGUGAGGGAGCGCUUCCACCUUUCAGUGCUGCUGUUCAUUGUGGUCAUCCAGACCAUGAAGGAGUUCGACUGGAGCAUCACCCAGUUCUGUGUCAUGUUGCCCGACUGCUUUGCCGUGCUGUUUACGGAAAUCCUCAUUGACUGGGUGAAGCAUGCGUUCAUCACGAGAUUCAACGAGCUGCCGGAGAGCAUCUACAGAGAGUACACCACCAGUUUGGCCUACGAUAUGACCCAAACGCGACAAAAGCACGCCUUCUCGGACCACUCGGAUUUGGUGGCCAGACGCAUGGGCUUCAUACCCUUUCCCCUGGCAGUGGUUUUGAUAAAAGCCAUCUACACGGCGGUGUCUUUCGAAAACCUGGCUGCCUGGCUACUCUUCCUUCUCGCCUAUCUGUUUGCCAUGGGCCUGAGGAUUUGCCUGACCAUAUGUGCCCUGGGCAAGGCCUGCAAGCUAAUGAAGGAGCAUCAGACUGAGCGGAAUAGUUCAACGCCGAGUAGCAUGACCAAUGUGCCUGUUAUAGGAGGUCCAGCUGCCUCUGUACCAACGACUUCGAUGGGCGGCCAGAAUCACAAUAAUAAUAAUAACAAUAGUAUUGGCUCGAAGCCAGCACAAGUGACCACGCUGUUGACCCCGCCCAGUGCCGCAAAUCUCGAUGUGAGCAAGAAUUUCUCCCGUGUCUCGAUAGCCUCAACGUCCACGCCAAAGAAAGCGGUCAGUGAGCAAGAGCUGGAUGUGACCAACUCCCUGGAACUGGGCGCAACAGCUCUCUUCUCCAACAGCGAUGUGGAUUUGGAUGAUGUGUGCCUCAACGAGCAGGUGACCAAUACCAAUGCCAGUUCAGCCGUCCAGGAGGUCUACCAGGAGCAGGACCUGGUGCGCAGCCAGCCGGAUCUGAUGCUGCUCAACCAUUCCGGCGGCGGAGAGGCGAGCCCCAAGGCCAAGCAGGCCACCCAGCGGCUGCCGAAGCGAACGCACAAGCGAUCCGAAUCGGAACCGGGCAUGCCCAGCAUGGCGGAGAAGGGAGCGAAUUCCGUACUCGCGGGCGGCAACCAAACGACUCAGCUGUAGCCAUAAAUCGAUGCUAACUUAUUAUUAUUUUUCAUUUUACUUUGUACGUAGUUACGUUUUCGAUCUUUUGUGUAUCGCUUAAUGGCUCUCUUGUAACGCUAAGUGAGCAUGGAUUUAAGAAUGUAUUUUAGGUUGUAGCUGAAAAUAUGUUCUGUCUAGAGUAUCAAACUGUGCCUCAAAAUCAAUUAGAGGGUGUGACGAUUGCACAUUUAAAACUACCAAAUUGGCUGUUACCAAGCACUUUAAAAAUAAAUUUAAUAUGACAGA